UUCGCUCUUCAAGCCCUUCCAUUUCCAUUCUCUUGCUUUCUCUUUUCAUUCUUUGAAAAUCCUCUUCAAAACCCAAGAAUCAUUCUUCUUUUUUUUCCCACAUAGAUAAUCUAAGCUAUGGCCAGGAGAACAGCAAACAAGAGUUUACAAGCAAAACUGGUACUUCUUGGAGACAUGGGAACAGGAAAGACAAGUUUGGUUCUUAGAUUUGUCAAAGGUCAAUUUUCCGAGUACCAGGAAUCAACAAUUGGAGCUGCAUUUUUCACUCAGGUCUUGUCUUUAAAUGAAGCCACUGUAAAAUUUGAUAUAUGGGACACAGCAGGGCAAGAACGAUACCACAGUUUGGCUCCUAUGUACUAUCGAGCAAAUUCAAGUUUGACAAUGUUUUUGGUGGCUAACAAAGCUGAUUUGGAAGGUGACAGAAAAGUCAGCAAUGAGGAGGGUGAGGAAUAUGCCAGAGAAAGUGGCUUGUCUUUUCUUGAAACUUCAGCAAAAACAGCACAAAAUGUGAACGAACUCUUCUAUGAAAUAGCUAAGAGAUUGGUAAAAGCUAACCCUUCACGUCAAAGUGGAAUCAAGCUGCACACCAGAGCUACAGAAAGUAGAAGAAGAUACUUUUGCUGUGCUUAAUGGCAUGUUCAUAACUCUUUUCCUCUGUGAAGUAUCGUUAUUCAUAAUGUUAUGUCUAAUUGUACUCAAAUAUAGUUCACUACACUGUGUCCAUUGUUGAUGUCAACGUAAUUGCUCAAACAAGAAGAACAAAGACAUGUUCAUUGUACAUCGCAAGAUCCAAAGUUGUCCUUUUCUUUUUGUUCGUUUA